UUUUCUUUACAAUGUUAUGCGCGAUACAGUAUAAUACAUAAUUAAAAAAUUUCGAGCUGAAUACGAAUACAGGAUAAUGAUAAGCUCUGAUUUUUUUGAUUUUUUUAUAGUUCAAAAUUUCGUCUAAUCAAUGUAUAAUAGAUAAAGAUAAUGGUAAACAAAAUAGAGAAGACAACAUCGAAUAUUAAAACUUUACAUUGAAUCGACGUAUAAAAAGGGAGAUAUCGUUAAGCGAUCUUUCUUCAAAGUAUUUUGAUGACAUAUAUUCAAAAUGAAUACAACGUUUACUUAUUGUCCUCCAAAUAUAACGUUCACUGAUAUUUGGGUGAAACAUGGCAUGUCCAAAUGUUUCAUGGACACUGUUAGUACUAGUAUCAUCUCUUUGUAUUUACUUAUUUUUGGUAGUAUUCAACUUUGGAUGUAUCGAAAGUACGGAACAGAAACUAACGCAAGUUUAUUACCAAAAAGUAAAUUGUAUAUCGUACAAAAGUUUUUCUUAUAUUUUGUUCCAAUACUUAGUAUACUAAGAUUAAUUCUGCAAGGUACAAUUUUAGAUGAAAAAAAAAUUUAUGGCUAUAUGAUUCUAACAACAGUAUUAACCGUAAUUAUUUAUUCAUAUUCUGUAUGUAUAUUAAGAGUAGAAAGGCAUAAAUUGUUACCAAGCGUGCCACCGCAUGGUCAUGGACUUGUUUUAUUGGGUUUUUGGACUUUGGCAUUCGUCUCGGAAAAUCUUGUUUUCGUUAACAUCGGAAAGCUUGAAUGGUGGUUCCAUUUAAAUACAUUAACGGACCAAAUUGAGAUGGCACUGUUCGUUUUACGUUAUGUGAGCAAUCUUAUGAUUUUUGCUUUAGGACUUAAAGCUCCAGGAAUAACCGGUAAUACAGAUACCGAAUACCAUAAUCUACCCGAUAGUUCAUCUGCGCGGUUACGAUAUUAUCAAGGUAGGCCUGUGGAUAAUUCUUCCACGUGGAAAAAUGCAUGGUACAGAAUAAAAACUUUGGCACCAUUCCUGUGGCCAAACAGUUUUAUGCUCCAACUGCGAGUUAUUUUUUGUUUUGGACUACUCAUAGCAGGGCGUUUGAUAAAUUUAUAUGUUCCAAUUUACAACAAAAGAAUUGUGGAUAGUGUUUCUGAAACACCUGUUACGUUCAGGUGGGACCUUGUACUGAUAUAUGUAGCAUUUAAAUUCUUACAAGGGGGUGGUACAGGUGGUAUGGGAGUAUUGAACAAUCUAAGAUCAUUUUUAUGGAUUCGGAUACAACAGUAUACAACUCGAGAAAUUGAAGUAGAAUUGUUCAGACACUUGCAUAGUUUAAGUUUACGUUGGCAUCUUGGACGAAAAACGGGAGAAGUUCUGAGAAUUAUGGAUCGUGGGACAGAUUCUAUAAGCAAUCUUCUAAAUUAUAUUAUAUUUUCAAUCAUACCGACGAUCGUUGACAUUAUUGUGGCCAUUGUGUUUUUUAUUUCUGCUUUUAAUAAGUGGUUCGGUUUGAUCGUAUUCUUAACUAUGAGUCUCUAUAUAGCGGCAACGAUCAUGGUUACUGAAUGGCGCACUAAAUUCCAAAGACGGAUGAAUUUAGCCGAUAAUGCUCAAAAAGCGCGGAGUGUCGAUAGCUUGCUUAACUUCGAAACGGUUAAAUAUUAUGGAACUGAAUCGUACGAAGUAGAUAGUUACAGAAAGGCAAUAUUGGAAUACCAGAUUGAAGAAUGGAAAUCAAUGAUUACACUGAAUAUUUUAAAUACUCUGCAAAAUGUAAUUGUUUGCAGUGGCCUGUUAGCUGGAUCUUUACUCUGUUUGCACAUGGUUGUAAAUAAUCAAGGUUUUAAAAUCGGUGACUACGUUUUGUUUGCCAGUUAUAUCAUUCAGCUUUACGUACCAUUAAAUUGGUUUGGAACUUAUUAUCGAUCUAUACAAAAAAAUUUCGUUGACAUGGAAAAUAUGUUUGAUCUUCUCAGACAAGAACAAGAGGUAAUCGAUGCUCCAGGUGCUGGGCCAUUGAUAGUAAAACGUGGCCAUGUGGAAUUCUCGAACGUAUCGUUUAGUUAUACUCCUGAGAAAAUUAUAUUGAAAAAUAUUAACUUCGUUGCACCAGCAGGGAAAACAGUCGCUCUAGUUGGGCCAUCUGGAGCUGGAAAAUCGACUAUAAUACGAUUAUUAUUCAGGUUUUACGACGUGGAACACGGUGAAAUUUUAAUUGACGGACAAAACAUUAAAACUAUCACUCAAGAUUCUUUGAGACGUACUAUCGGUGUUGUACCUCAAGAUACAGUAUUGUUUAACAACACUAUAAAAUAUAAUAUUCAGUAUGGCCGCAUUGAAGCUGUAGAGGCAGAUAUAAUAGCAGCUGCUAAGAAUGCAGAUAUUCAUGAACGAAUUUUAUCAUUUCCAAACGGUUAUGAAACGCAGGUUGGUGAAAGGGGACUUCGUUUAAGCGGCGGAGAGAAGCAACGUGUUGCUAUCGCGCGCACGAUAUUAAAGGAACCGGCAAUAGUGCUUCUGGAUGAAGCAACGAGUGCGCUCGAUACUCAAACGGAACGUAAUAUUCAAGCAGCGUUAAAUAGAGUCUGUGCUAACCGAACAACCAUUAUUAUCGCACACAGACUAUCCACGGUAAUACAUGCAGAUGAGAUUCUUGUCUUAAAAGAGGGAGAAAUUGUAGAAAGGGGAAAACACGAAGAGCUUAUUGCUAAAACUGGAAUAUAUUAUUCGAUGUGGCAAUCACAGUUACAAAAUGAUCAAGAAGCCGUUGAGGAUUCGUCGAAACAUACAAAUUUAACAACAUCUUAGCCACUUUUAACAAAAAUGGAAAGAAAAUAUCUCAUUUGUUGAGUUUGAUAGUUAAACUUUUAAUAAAACAUGUACCUGUUCCUGAAAAUUAACAAUAAUUCAUGUUACAUUACUUCCAUAUAAAUACUCGUCAAAGAAUUCUAUUAUAUUUCUCAUCGCAUGAAAUACGUUUCACCGUUAUACUGUCGUGUUAAAUCUGUGUAUAUUUCACUCGUAAACUGCAUCAUUGCAUAAAUAUUUACCAAGGUACUUUAUAUAGAAAUAUAGAAAAUUUUUAACCGAUUUAUUCUGCCGGUUGCUGUUCAUGGGCAGAUUGACUUUGAAUUUCUUUUAUUAGCGCUCCAUCUGGUACCCAGCCAGAUUCAUCGAUUGGUGCAGUUACAGUUAUUUCGUUUGAGCCCCAAUAAUAAUAACUCGUAAAGAAUACCCAUAGAAGGGUGUGUAACACCUAAUAAUACCAAAAAUUAUGUAACGGAAAUAAUUGUUUAUAAACCAUUUGAUUUUUAGUAAGAUUUUUAAGAUAGUGAUACGAAGGUAUGAUUUAUUCGUAAAAAAUAAAAAUUUACCUUGAAUGCA